UUGUGGCAGCAGCUUUUGGUAGGCGAAUAUCGCAGAAAGAGAGGCUUUCUGUAAACAUUUGAACAAUAUUAGUACAAUCUGCCGCGGAUAGUCACAUUUCACAUACGUGCACUGAGAGAAGAUGCGUAGAUUUGCUAAAUUUUGGCGCGAAUCAGCAAGCUUAAUCGUUCUUGCGCGUGACGGAUCAAAGUGCAGGGCGGAUGUGAUCAAUUGCAAUUACAAGGUGCUUGUGCUCGAACGUCCUGCGCGAACUUCAUUCAUGCCCAAUGCGGUCGUUUUUCCCGGUGGAGCUUUCGAUAAACAAGACUCGGCGUUUGCGUGGAACACUUUGCUACCAGCAACUAAAACGAAACCAUUGACUGAAGUGUCUGGACCUAGGUCGUUUAUAUUCGAUUCGGAUAGUCCGCAACAGCUUGACCGCAAUAUAUCGCUACGUUUGUGUGCUAUACGCGAAACAUUUGAAGAAUUAGGUAUCUUGUUGGCAAAGCGCUUUGACGAAAGUAACCGAACAGGUUACGGUACGGUGGUCAAGUGUGAUUUGCCUGACAUUAUAUGUUGGCAGAAAAAUAUUCACGAAGGAUUGGAGCAAUUUCGACAAUUAUGCGACCGGAUGAAAAUCGUUCCGGAUGUCCUGAAUUUGUAUGAAUGGUCGACAUGGAUAACACCAACUAUUCUUCACAAGAAGCGUUUCGAGACGGCAUUUUAUCUGAUUGCAUUGGACACCCUGCCAGACGUUGUACCGGAAUCUACUGAAGUUAAACAAUACUUUUGGGAUACUCCAAGGAACCUGCUCGAAGCGCACGAUGCUGAUCGUAUUUGGCUCUCACCUCCCCAAGCAUACGAACUAAAACGCCUGAGCUAUCUGGAAGAUAUCGACCAGGUGGUUGAGUUUGCAAGGACAAAACGUUUCGCGAAAGGCACUACACCUCUCUGCCCCGUAGCAUUCACUGCCUCGGAUGGUGUAGUUUUGGCUUUACCAGGGGACAGCCUUUAUCCCGCUAACUAUGAUUACGUGACGGAACACAGCAAUGCUAACCAGUACGUGCAUCAAACAAUGGAAGAGCUUCGACAAAACGCCAGUUUAUUGCAUAGAUUGGAACUAGUAGGAAAAUUGCAUGCAAAGGGGUUUUACCAAAAUCAACCAGCACUAGAUGAACAUUUACAUCUUAUGGGGAACAAUGGACAAUUGGUGAAAUGAUAACAUGGAAUAGCACAACU